GGACAUUUGGCGGGAUCGUCCGACGACGCUGGACGCUUUUCUCGGAGCGGACCAGAUCGUUCUCUAAACCGCAGCGAUGUCGUCCUGGCUUGGGGGCCUCGGCUCCGGCUUGGGCCAGUCUCUGGGUCAAGUCGGAGGCAGCCUGGCUUCCCUCACUGACCAGAUUUCAAACUUUACAAAGGAUAUGUUGAUGGAGGGCACGGAGGAAGUGGAAGCAGAAUUACCUAAUUCUAGAAGAAAGGAAAUUGAAGCCAUUCAUACAAUCUUAAGAUCAGAGAAUGAGAGACUCAAAAAACUUUGUACUGAUUUAGAAGAGAAGCAUGAAGCGUCAGAGCUUCAAAUAAAGCAGCAAUCUACAAGUUAUCGAAAUCAACUACAACAGAAGGAGGUAGAGAUCAGCCAUCUUAAAGCAAGACAGAUCGCACUGCAGGAUCAGCUGCUGAAGCUGCAGUCAGCUGCUCAGUCCACACAUUCAGGAGCUGGUGGCGUACCGGCAGCCCCUGCAUCCUCUCCCUUUGGCUAUCGGGUCAGUCACCAUGCUUCAGCUUUCCACGACGAUGACAUGGACUUUGGUGACAUAAUUUCAUCACAACAAGAAAUAAACAGGUUGUCAAAUGAAGUUUCAAGACUUGAAUCUGAAGUUGGUCAUUGGAGGCAUAUUGCUCAGACUUCUAAAGCACAAGGAUCAAAUAACUCUGAUCAAAGUGAAAUCUGCAAACUGCAAAGUAUCAUUAAGGAACUCAAACAGACUCGAAGUCAGGAAAUCGAUGACCAUCAACAUGAAAUGUCAGUUUUACAAAAUGCAUACCAGCAGAAAUUGACAGAAAUAAGUCGUCGUCAUCGAGAAGAAUUAAGUGACUAUGAAGAACGAAUUGAAGAACUGGAGAACUUUUUACAACAAGGUGGCUCAGGAAUUGUAAUAACUGAUCACUCGAAAAUCCAUGAGAUGCAAAAAACUAUACAGGAUCUACAAAAUGAAAAAGUAGCGUCUAUAAAAAGAAUUGAAGAACUUGAGGAUAAAAUAAAAGACAUAAAUAAAAAAUUAUCUUCUGCAGAAAAUGACAGGGAGAUUUUGAGGAAGGAACAAGAACGCCUAAAUGUUGAAAACAAACAAAUAACAGAAGAAUGUGAAAGCUGGAAACUGGAAUGUAGGAAAUUGCAGCCCGAGGCUGUGAAGCAAAGUGAUACUGUGAUAGAAAAAGAACGAAUCCUUCCACAGAGUACAUCGGUGGGAGAGGGAGUGCUCAAACUGCAGCGAGCACUGUCUGAUGCUGAAAAUGAAAUUUUGAGACUGAGUAAUUUAAACCAGGAUAACAGUCUCGCUGAAGACAAUUUGAAACUUAAAAUGCAUGUUGAAACUUUAGAAAAACAGACGUCCUUAUUGAGUCAAGAAAAGGAAGAGCUUCAGCUAUCACUUUUAAAAUUGAACAGUGAGUAUGAAGUAAUUAAAAGUACAGCUGCGAGAGAUAUGGAUUUGAAUUCAACAUUACAUGACUUAAGACUGACUUUGGAGGCAAAGGAGCAGGAACUUAAUCAGAGUCUCACUGAGAAGGAAAUGCUUGUAGCUGAGUUAGAGGACUUGGACAGACAGAACCAAGAAGCUACAAAGCACAUGAUUCUGAUAAAAGAUCAGCUAUCAAAACAACAAAAUGAGGGAGACAGCAUCAUUAGUAAACUGAGAAAAGAUCUAAAUGAUGAGAAGAGGAGAGUCCAUCAACUUGAAGAUGAUAAAAUGAACAUGACUAAAGAGCUAGAUGUGCAGAAAGAGAAGUUAGUUCAAAGUGAACUUGUCCUAAAUGAUUUGCAUUUAGCCAAGCAGAAGCUUGAGGAGAAAGUAGAAGAUUUAGUAGAUCAGCUAAAUAAAUCACAAGAAAGUAAUUUAAACAUGCAGAAGGAGAACUGUGGACUUAAGGAACAUAUUAAACAAAAUGAGGAAGAGCUUUCUAGAGUCAGGGAUGAGUUAACUCAGUCUCUAAAUCGCGACUCUGGCAGUGAUUUUAAGGAUGACUUACUUAAAGAAAGGGAAGCCGAAGUCAGAAAUUUAAAGCAAAAUCUUUCAGAAAUAGAAAAGCUGAAUGACAAUUUAAACAAAGUUGCUUUUGAUCUCAAAAUGGAAAAUGAAAAGUUGGUUUUAGCAUGUGAGGAUGUAAGACAUCAGUUGGAAGAAUCCAUUGCUGGUAGCAAUCAGAUUUCUCUGGAAAGAAACACUCUUGUGGAGGCUCUAAAAAUGGAAAAAGGACAGUUAGAAGCAGAAUUGAGUCAGGCUGAACAGAGGCUGUUGGAAGAAGCCAGUAAGCACGAGCAGAUGAUUAAAGAACUGUCAAAGGCACGUGAUUUGAGCACCUCUGCUUUACAGUUGGGACAGCAGCAUUUAAUGAAACUCAGUCAAGAGAAAGACUUUGAAAUAGCAGAACUCAAAAAGAACAUUGAACAAAUGGAUACUCAUCAUCAAGAAACCAAGGAAAUUUUGUCAUCUAGUUUAGAAGAGCAGAAGCACUUAACACAACUUAUAAGUGAGAAGGAAAUUUUUAUUGAAAAACUUAAAGAAAGAAGUUCAGAGCUUCAGGAGGAGUUAGAUAAAUAUACUGAGGCCUUAAGAAAAAAUGAAAUUUUGAAGCAAACCAUGGAGGAAAAAGACAGAAGUCUUGGGUCCAUGAAAGAAGAAAACAAUCAUCUAAAAGAAGAACUGGAGCGGCUCCGGGAGCAGCAGAGUCGAGCUGCACCUGUGGUGGAGCCCAAACCCCUUGACAGUGUUACUGAGCUAGAGUCUGAGGUGUUGCAACUGAAUAUUAUAAAGGGGAAUCUUGAGGAGGAAAUAAAACAUCAUCAGAAGAUUAUUGAAGAUCAAAACCAGAGUAAAAUGCAGCUGCUUCAGUCUUUAGAGGAACAGAAGAAGGAAAUGGAUGAGUUUAAGUGCCAGCAUGAGCAGAUGAAUGUCACCCAUACCCAACUCUUCUUAGAGAAAGAUGAGGAGAUUAAGAAUUUGCAAAAAACAGUUGAACAAAUCAAAACCCAGUUGCGUGAAGAAAGACAGGGCGUUCAAACGGAGAAUUGUGAGAUCUUUCAAGAAACGAAAGUACAGAGCCUUAACAUAGAAAAUGGCAGUGAAAAACAUGAUUUAUCUAAAGCCGAAACGGAGAGAUUAGUAAAAGGAAUAAAAGAACGAGAAUUGGAGAUUCAACUUCUAAAUGAAAAGAAUAUAUCUUUAACGAAACAGAUUGAUCAGCUGUCCAAAGAUGAGGUUGGUAAACUCACUCAGAUCAUCCAGCAGAAAGACUUGGAGAUACAAGCUCUUCACGCUAGAAUUUCUUCAGCUUCCUACACCCAGGAUGUUGUCUACCUUCAGCAGCAGCUGCAGGCCUACGCUAUGGAGAGAGAACAGUUAUUAGCUGUUUUGAGUGAGAAGACUAGGGAAAAUAGCCACCUGAAAACGGAAUACCACAAAAUGAUGGAUGUCGUUGCUGCCAAAGAGGCAGCUCUCGUGAAGCUGCAAGAUGAAAAUAAAAAAUUGUCCACUAGAUCUGAAGGUGGUGGCCAAGAAAUGUUUAGAGAAACUGUUCAGAAUUUAUCACGUAUCAUUCGAGAAAAAGACAUUGAGAUAGAUGCAUUAAGUCAGAAAUGCCAGACCUUAUUGACAGUUUUACAAACAUCCAGCACUGGGAAUGAGGUUGGAGGUGUUAACAGCAAUCAGUUUGAGGAGCUUCUACAGGAACGCGACAAAUUAAAACAACAAGUGAAGAAGAUGGAAGAGUGGAAACAGCAGGUGAUGACCACGGUCCAGAAUAUGCAGCACGAGUCCGCCCAGCUUCAGGAGGAACUCCAUCAGCUUCAGGCACAAGUUUUGGUUGACAGUGAUAAUAAUUCUAAAUUACAAGUGGACUACACUGGCCUGAUCCAAAGUUAUGAGCAGAAUGAAACCAAACUCAAAAAUUUUGGGCAGGAGCUAGCACAGGUUCAGCACAGCAUAGGGCAGCUCUGCAGCACCAAAGAUCUUCUUUUAGGAAAACUUGAUAUUAUUUCACCUCAACUCUCCUCCGGAUCAUCGCCUCCUUCCCAGCCAGCAGAGUCUCUUGGAACAGUUAAGCCAGAUACAUCGAGGGAGUCUUCUACACAGGAGCUAGAAGAGCUAAGAAAGUCACUGCAGGAAAAAGAUGCAACAAUUAAAACGCUCCAGGAAAAUAAUCACAGGUUGUCUGAUUCGAUUGCUGCCACCUCAGAGCUAGAAAGAAAAGAACAGGAACAGACGGAUUCAGAAAUUAAGCAGCUAAAGGAGAAACAAGAUGUCUUACAAAAGUCACUUAAGGAGAAAGACCUCUUAAUCAAAGCCAAAAGUGAUCAGUUGCUUUCUUUAAAUGAAAAUUUCACCAACAAAGUGAAUGAAAAUGAACUUUUGAGGCAGGCAGUAACCAACCUGAAGGAGCGGAUAUUAAUUUUAGAAAUGGACAUUUGCAAACUAAAAGAAGAAAAUGAAAAAAUAGUACAAACAACCAGGGAAAAGGAAACAGAGUAUCAAGCAUUACAGGAGACUAAUACAAAGUUUUCCAUGAUGCUUCGAGAAAAAGAGUUUGAGUGCCAUUCAAUGAAGGAAAAGGCUCUCGCGUUUGAGCAGCUACUGAAAGAAAAAGAGCAGGGCAAGACUGGGGAGUUAAAUCAGCUUUUAAAUGCAGUUAAAUCAAUGCAGGAGAAGACAGUUAAGUUUCAACAGGAGAGAGACCAGGUCAUGUUGGCCCUGAAACAGAAACAAAUGGAAAACAGUGCUUUACAGAAUGAGGUUCAACAUUUACGCGACAAAGAAUUACGCUUAAACCAGGAGCUAGAGAGAUUGCGUAACCAUCUUUUAGAAUCAGAGGAUUCUUACACACGCGAAGCUUUGGCUGCAGAAGAUAGAGAGGCCAAACUGAGAAAGAAAGUCACAGUAUUGGAGGAAAAGCUAGUUUCAUCUUCCAAUGCAAUGGAAAAUGCAAGCCAUCAGGCCAGUUUGCAGGUAGAGUCACUGCAGGAGCAAUUGAAUGUGGUCUCCAAGCAAAGGGAUGAAACCACACUGCAGCUUUCUGUCUCUCGGGAGCAAGUAAAGCAGUAUGCUCUAUCACUCUCCAACCUCCAGAUGGUACUAGAGCAUUUCCAGCAAGAGGAAAAAGCUAUGUAUUCUGCUGAACUAGAAAAACACAAACAGCUUGUAGCUGAAUGGAAGAAAAAGGCAGAAAAUCUGGAAGGAAAACUGAUAUCAUUACAGGAGCGUUUCGAUGAAGCAAAUGCUGCAUUGGAUUCAGCAUCAAGACUUACAGAACAGUUAGAUUUAAAGGAAGAACAAAUUGAAGAACUUAAAAAACAAAAUGAACUCCGACAAGAAAUGCUGGAUGAUGUACAAAAGAAAUUGAUGAACUUAGUAAACAGCACAGAAGGAAAAGUGGACAAAAUCCUUAUGAGAAACCUCUUCAUUGGACAUUUCCACACGCCAAAACAUCAGCGCCACGAGGUGCUACGAUUAAUGGGGAGCAUCCUGGGUAUCAAGAGGGAGGAAAUGGAGCAGUUGCUUCACGGAGAUCAGGGUGGUGUUACCAGGUGGAUGACUGGGUGGCUUGGAGGAGGAUCAAAAAGUGUCCCCAACACGCCUCUGAGACCAAAUCAACAAUCUGUGCUUAAUAGCUCUUUUUCAGAACUUUUUGUUAAAUUUCUAGAAACAGAAUCUCAUCCAUCUGUUCCACCACCAAAGCUUUCUGUUCAUGAUAUGAAACCUCUGGAUUCACCAGGAAGGAGAAAAGUAGUUACAAAUGUACCAGAAAGUUUUAAAGAUACCACAGAAUCCAGAUCUGGUAGAAGAACAGAUGUGAAUCCAUUCUUGGCCCCCCGCUCUGCGGCUGUGCCUCUCAUUAACCCAGCUGGACUUGGGCCUGGGGGGCCUGGGCAUCUUCUGUUGAAACCCAUCUCGGAUGUAUUGCCCACAUUUACACCUUUGCCCGUGUCCCCUGACAACAGCGCUGGAGUUGUGUUGAAAGACCUUCUAAAGCAAUAGGUGAUUCUCAAGCCAGAGACAACAUACGUAGCACUUUAAAGAAACCAUGAACACUAUAUGUAUGUACUUUACCACAAAGUGGCCUUUCAGAAAAAGUCGUGUAUUUGUUUGCAGUUGUACAUUCUCUAAACUUAAUAAAAAUAUUGUUUUUGCUUUUAGAAAUUGCAGGUGUCCCAGGAGGAAGUGUUUGCUGUAGUAUAUGCUUUUUUCCUUCUCUGAUUUGGCCUAAUUUAAGCUAGAAACACUGGAUCUUUCAUCUUAAUUUACAAAAAAUAAGAAAAAUAUAAAGAAAGAUAAAAAUUUCUAGUAGCUAUAUAUCAGCUCUUUAUUUCUAUGAUUUUCAAGCUCAUUUAAGCUAGAGACAUGUGGUUCAUCUUUUAAAGAUAAUCAAGAGAUUUACAAAAAAGGAGAAAAUAAUAGUAGUGGCUUAUCUGUGUAGUGCAAACAAUUGAUCUGAAGCAUAUAUUGGUCAUCUUUUUUUUUUUUCUUUUCAUUAGUCCUCUUGAGAGGACUUUGUGUAGACAGGCCAACAACAGGGUUGUGCCUGGGAGAUCAUAGGUGUCGGGACGUGGAAUGUGUGUGUGUUUGGUUCUAUGCAAUUUUAUCACACGUGUCGAUCGCUGUGGUCAGCACUACAGUGCAGUUCAGAUACCCAACAGUUUCGUCAAGGCUCUCUCGAGCUGCCCUAUU